AUGGAGAGGAGUUGGGAAAGCAAUGGACUUGUUUGGAGCUCUGCUCAAAACGGACUUUUAAGCAACCCCGCAGUCAAUCUUAGGAUCCCACUUCCUUGCCGAUUCCACCCUUCCUUCUUCGUUUGCCGCCGUCACAACGAUCAAAAGAGGUACUAUGAACUGGGGCCGAAUGACCCGCCGUAUGCAGCCAAGUUUUAUGACUGUUGUGGUGCUGAGGAUCCAGAGGCAUCUGGCUGCACUGCCAACUUUCAUGUCUCAUAUGAUGAUGACUGA